AUGGAAACGGCGCGUGAAAAAUCCGCCACAACAACUGAUGCAACGCAACAACACACGCCGAUCGCGUUUCGGUGUGAACUAUGCGGUUUGAAUGAAAACUGUGAUUAUCGGGGCCGACGACCACCAUUUGCCAGCAAAAUUGAGCUUCCCGAAGAGUGUUAUGUAAUGCGUGAUCCGUUCGCACCACCACCACAAGCCGUACCUGAUAAACCGGCGAGCGAGCACUAUCUACUGCUGGGUGCGGAUUGCAAUCUCUGUCGGAGAACGGUCUGUAAAGCGAGUGAGUGCAGUUUUUUCUAUGGUGCUACCUUUUGCCGGUGUUGCUGUAUGCAACGGGUGCAGGAAUUCCCGCUCGAAGUGCGAAGCAAAAUAAAGAAACAGUUCGCAUAG